AUGAGAUAUGCAGGAGCUCAUGAUUAUGAGAUAUGUCACUCUGUGUUGAAAAGAGAUCGUGAAGGUAUAGAAUCUGAGUUGACGCCAUUGACAAACAAAGGAAAAGGUUUAGAAGAACAUGCAUGCAUCAGUGCAGAAGAUGAAAACGCCGAAAACUGGUAUGCAGGAAACAAGCAUUCAAUGAAAUCUGAGUUUGAUAGAUCAUCUUGUAAUUCAACCUACACAAACCGUGAAUGUGACCCAGACAAAAAAAGAACAAGAUUUAGAUAUGAAGCCCCCAGCAAGAAUAAUGGAGAGGAAGUAGCUGAAGAUGAUAACUACUAUGAAGAAGGACCUGAACCAGUGGCCGUAGCCGAUUCAGAUUUUUAUGACUUUGACAGGCAUCGGAGUGAAGAAUGCUUUGCAGUUGAUCAGAUGUGGGCAAUUUUUGACGAUUUAGAUGGUGGAUCUCAAUGGUUGGAUUAUGUUGCUAAGGAUAUAGAUGAGACUGCUUGGAAGAGAAGUGGGUUACCUGCUGCUUGUGGGGUAUUCAAACAUGAGAAGACCCAUAUUAUUGAAGGUGUAAGUACAUUCUCUCAUAAGAUUGUCUGGCAGAAAGGUGCUAGAAAUACUUACAAGAUCUAUCCCCGAAAAGGUGAAACUUGGGCCCUCUACAAGAAUUGGAAUGUGAAAUGGAGUUCUGAUCCAGACAACCACAGAGAGUACGAGUAUGAAUUUGUUGUAGUCCUGUCAGAUUACACCAAGUCAGGCAUUUUGGUUGCCCGUUUGGUUAAGUUAAAAGGUUAUGUGUGCCUGUUUAAGCCAGUCAAAAACAAUGGCAUGCCUUCCUUUCAGAUACCAGUAAAUGAAAUGUUGAGAUUCUCCCACAGGGUUCCUUCAUUUAGAACGAAUGGCAGAGAACAUAAAACUGUCCCUGAAGGUUAUUUUGAGCUUGAUCCUGCUUCACUGCCUAAUAACCUUGAAGAAGUUUCUGAUUUCACUGAUGGGAAAGCUGAAACUGUUGAUGUAUUAGAGAAUCUUUCGAUGCCGAAGAAGAGGAAGAUUCUUUCUUCCGAUUGUGUGACAGCUGUGGCAAAGAGCAUUACUGAGCAAAUUCCUUCUUCAUCUUCUUCGACUUUUGAUCCCUGUGAACUUCCAGAGUCGGAAUUUUGUUUAUUUGAAACUGACAAAACUCAGCACAAAUUUCAAGUUGGUCAGUUAUGGGCUGUGUAUUGCGAGUUGGAUGGCUUGCCCAAGCACUAUGCUCGGAUUAAGAAGGUUGAAUCAGUUCCACAGUUCAAAGUGAACAUACAAUGGCUUGAAAUUUGCACUCCACGACCAAAUGGUUGUUGUCUCCAAUGGCUUGACAACAAAAUACCCACAUGUUGUGGAAUUUUCUCUAGUGGCGACGACAUGGAGUUUCAUGAUACUUUGUCUUCCUCUCAUCUUGUGAAAGGAACAGUUGCUGGGAUGGAAAACAAGGUUGCAAUCUUUCCAAGGAAUGGGGAGGUGUGGGCAAUAUACAGGAAUUUUAGUUCAGAAUGGUCUUUUUCUGACCUCCAAGCAUGCAAGUAUGAUAUAGGCCAAGUUGUACAGGUAAGUGAUAUAUACAAGGUGUUGGUUUUGGAGAAGGUUUCUGAUUAUAAGACGGUGUUCAAGGCUCAGACAAAAGCAGGGCGUCAAUCCUUACUCGAGAUAUCAAGCUGUGAAUUGCUUAGGUUCUCUCAUCAGAUUCCUGCUAUCCAGUUGACUGAUAAAAAAGAAGGAACAUUGCGUGGAUGUUGGGAGUUGGAUCCUAAAGCAGUGCCUGUUCGUUUAUUCUCUUCCAUUAGUUCCAGUUUUUCCAAAGAAGCUUCAUUUGCAGACCAGGCUGGUGCUAAGGAGAUGGGAUCAGAUGGCGUGGGCACCAAUUUUAAUAUUGUUGCUGAGCGAAGUACCCAAGGACCUUUCCAUCUGGACAGUUGUGAAAUCCCAAAGGCGCAGUGUAGCAAGUUUGGCAAGCCAGAAAUGAGAAUAAACUCUGAAAAUAAAAGCACCAUGGUUGGAAGAAGGAAACCAAUAGGACGUAGCUCGUCUACAAGAUCGGCAGAUGUUUAUGAGGAAAUGCGGACUGCAGAAAGUUCUGGUCGACCUCAGCAUAAGAGAAAGGCAACCACAGUUUCAGUUGGCAAGAAAAGUUGUGCUGGCCCCACUUUCCGCAGAUUGGCAGAUAUUUAUGAGGAAAAUGCUGCCGCUAACACUAAGAAAGUGAUUCCAGAUGGUGUGCAUGCCAUACCUGUCAGUUUGGACAAGGAAAUCCCCUCUUCACCUUCUCCUUUGAAGAUUUUUGAAAAACCAGAGACUGAAUUUUACAACUUUGACAAUGAGCGAUCCCGCGAGAAGUUUAAGACUGGUCAGACAUGGGCAUUGUAUUGCAAAUUGGAUGAGUUACCCAAGAACUAUGCUCUGAUAGAGAGUGUCGAAUCUUAUCCACUUUUUAAAUUGGCUGUAAAGUGGCUUAAAUCUUGCAAUCCACCAAGGGCUAUUAUUCCUUGGAUUGACAAGGGAAUGCCAGUGUGCUGUGGGACGUUUAAGGUUGCAUCUGGUGAUGGUGUUGUCUUUAAUGAUUCAAUUUAUUUCUCUCAUCAAGUAAGCGGAGUAGCAGCUGGUAAUGACUUGCAGACUAUCUAUCCAAGGGUGGGGGAAGUGUGGGCUCUGUACACUAAAUUUCGCUCAGACUUGAAGUGCUCCGACUUAAAGAGCUGUGAGUACUACAUUGUGGAAGUUUUAGAGGUGUUUGAUGCCAGUUGGAUAAUCGUUUCGCUUUUGCAAAGUGUUACUGGCUUUAAGAUGCUGUUCAGUGCUAAAGAAAAAGAGGGGUUUGACUCUAUUGCGGCGGCUGUACCUUGGACUGAACUGUAUAGGUUCUCGCAUCAAGUUCCUGCUUUCAGGUUGACAGAAGCAAGGUAUGGCAAGUUGUGUGGCUGUUGGGAGCUUGAUCCUAAAUCAGUCCCAGUUUGUUUGCAUUCUACAAAUGAAAGAUGAGCAUAUUGGUGUAAGUUUUAUCUAGCUCGACACUAUAUUCAGGAAGAUGGACCAUUCACAGAAAAGUACUCUUUUUGAUCUCCCAGGUGCUCAACUUUUUUUUUCCUGUCAUCUAAUUUUUUGCUAGCCUUGUAAACAUUGAAUUACAACUUUACUUUGUUGCGGAAUUUCCCGAGUCACAGUAUAAGUUGU